AUGUCUAUUGAGAACUUGAAAUCUUUUGAUCCUUUUGCUGAUACUGGUGACGACGAGACUGCUGCCUCUAACUACAUCCAUAUCCGUAUCCAACAAAGAAACGGUAGAAAGACACUAACCACUGUGCAAGGUGUCCCAGCUGAGUAUGACCAGAAGCGUAUCUUGAAAGUUUUGAAGAAAGAUUUCGCUUGUAACGGUAACAUUGUCAAGGACUCUGAAAUGGGUGAGAUUAUCCAAUUGCAAGGUGACCAAAGAGCUAAAGUUUGCGAGUUUAUGAUCUCCCAACUAGGUCUACAAAAGAAGAACAUUAAGAUCCACGGUUUCUAA